AUGUGUACGGUUAACAUAGUGUUCGAUAGGGUGGGAAAAGUAGAUCCCGUGACCCGCGGUCUACAAAUUGCCGUCAAUUGGGUGGGCCUUCAGGUGGAUGUCAGGUUCUGGUCCCAACAUAUCUCAUUCAUAUUAGUGGGCAUUAUUGUCAUCACAUCGAUCCGGGGUUUACUUAUUACACUCACCAAAUUCUUCUACGCGAUCUCAUCGUCCAAGUCAUCCAACAUAAUAGUGUUGGCUUUGGCGCAGAUAAUGGGCAUGUAUUUUGUCUCAUCCGUGGUAUUGAUCCGCAUGAAUAUGCCGCUGGAGUACCGGUCGAUCAUCACCGAAGUGUUGGGCGACCUUCAGUUCAAUUUCUACCACCGAUGGUUUGACGUCAUAUUUCUGGUGUCGGCCCUAUCAUCCAUAGGCUUCCUAUACCUGGCCCGCAAACAGGUGUCAAACAACCCGUUAGACAAUUAGUUAACAAAUUUUUGUUCGCCUUUCGAAUCGUUAUCAUAAUUAUUAUUACAUUUGAAUUAAAUUUAAUAUAUAUUUUUGAGUACC